CACGCCGGGGCGUGACGCGGCGGUGACGUAGAUGCAGCCGGGGAUCUUUUUAAUCCUCUGCCGCAGCAGCCGCAGCCGGUAACCAGAGGAGGGGGACGCACGGUCGGACGGAAAUGGACCGCGCACCGGUUCGUCUGCACUGAAGGCCGAGUCGUAUCUCACGGUAAUAUCAGCGAGACGCAGCGGACCGCAACGAGCUGUUGGUGAAGGCCAGACCCCCUCCUCCUCCUCCUUCUUCUCCUCCUCCUCCCACUGCUCCUCUGUGUCUGCAGCCGGUCCACAGAUGAAACGGACAUUGUUUUCGAUAUAUAUUUUCUCAGAGGCGUCCAUCGGCCUCGUGUGAAAGCCGAUCCGACGGAUCCUUCACGCCUCGUCCCCGGUUCGCCCUUUAGCGACGUCGCCGCGCGUCCCCGCGGUCCCCGUCAGCUGCUGCGCAUCAGCGAAAUAUGCAGGAUGAGCUUGUGGGGGUGACAACCACGAAAAUACCCCCGUCGAGCGAGGAGGAGAAGGACAGCCGGGAACCCGGUAAGCGACCGAACCGAACCGACGGCUCGUUCACGCCGGAUUAUAAAGCUUCGGCCGGUUGCGCACGACGCGGUCUUUGCGCUGCGCAGUCCGCCCGUGACCUUCAGCCGCACGGCCGGAAGAGACAUCAGCCGUCGAGUCAGCACGCCGAGCGCAGCCCCCGCAGAGAGUCGCCCCCGCCCCGGGGACGUGUCGCUCACCUGCCGCAGAGGCGGCCCGACCGUCGCGCUGCCGCCGACCCGCGCGGCUCUCCAGAGGAAGCCGCCGAACCCGAUGCUGCGUCGCCACCGCCCGCUUCUGUGAACCCCGACGCGAUCCAAAUGGACUCCCCCGUCGCCCACCAAAUCAACAACGGCAAUGGCAGCGCCGGCAACAUGUUGUCCGGGAGCCUCAGCGCCGCUUUCCCGAACCUCCCCGCCGCGGAGAUGCAGAGCGCCGCCUCGUCCCCCGGGUUCGGAACGCCGUGGUCCGUGCAGACCAGCUCCUCCCCCCCGCCCGCAUCCAACUCCAUCAACCACCACCACCCCAUCCACGCGAACCCCGUCAGCCAGAUGCCCGGCGCGGACCCGGACAACGGCUUCUACCCCGGCAUCCCCUCCUCCAUCAACCCGGCCUUCUUCCAGAGUUUUUCGCCGGUGUCGGCUAACCCGUGCGCCGGGGUUAACGUGCAGGGCUUCGGCGGCGCCUUCUCGCCGCAGAUGAACGUGCCGCAGCAGGCGCAGAGUCGCAGGUCCCCGGUCAGUCCCCAGAUGCACCCCCAGCAGGGCGCCUUCCUGCAGCAGAGGAACAACUACAACCAGCACCAGCCCAUGGGGAAGCAGUCUCCGUGGGGGGGUCACCAGGGGAGCGGCUGGGGCUCCGGCGGGAUGUCCUGGGGCCGGGACCACCGCCGGGGGAGCGGCGCGGGGGGGCACCACGUCUCGCCCCUGAAGAAGGCCUUCUCCAGCAACAUCAUCGCUCCGCCCAAGUUCCCGCGCUCCGCCGCCUCGCUGGGGCCCAAGUCCUGGAUGGAGGAGAACGCGUUCCGCACCGACGGCAACAGCAACACCUUGUUGCCCCUGCAGGAGCGCACCCGGAUGUACGACAGUCUGAACAUGCACUCCCUGGAGAGCUCGCUCAUCGACAUCAUGCGGGCCGAGCAGGACCCCAUGAAAGGCCGCGUGGGAUGCCCCAACCCCGGGGCGGACGGCCUCCUCAUGCUCAAUGCGCGGAGCUACGGGAGGCGUCGAGGUCGCUCCUCCCUCUUCCCCAUCGACGACAAUCUGCUCGACGACGGCCACGGCAACCAGGGCGUCCCGGGAGUCCACGGCCCCCACGGCUGCUACCCCCACCAGAACGGGGAGCGCGUGGAGCGCUUCUCCCGCAAGGUGUUCGUGGGCGGCCUGCCCCCCGACAUCGACGAAGAUGAAAUCACCUCGAGCUUCCGCCGCUUCGGUCACCUGGUGGUGGACUGGCCGCACAAAGCGGAGAGCAAGUCCUACUUCCCCCCAAAAGGUUACGCCUUCCUGCUGUUCCAGGAGGAGAGCUCGGUGCAGGCUCUGAUUGAAGCCUGCAUGGAGGAGGACGGGAAGCUGUACCUGUGCGUCUCCAGUCCCACCAUCAAGGACAAGCCCGUGCAAAUCCGCCCGUGGAACCUGAGCGACAGCGACUUUGUGAUGGACGGCUCUCAGCCCCUCGAUCCCCGCAAGACCAUCUUCGUGGGAGGCGUCCCUCGCCCCCUCAGAGCGAUUGAGCUGGCCAUGAUCAUGGACCGCCUCUACGGCGGCGUCUGCUACGCCGGCAUCGACACCGACCCGGAGCUCAAGUACCCGAAGGGGGCGGGGCGAGUGGCCUUCUCCAACCAGCAGAGUUACAUCGCCGCCAUCAGCGCCAGAUUCGUCCAGCUGCAGCACGGCGACAUCGACAAGCGGGUGGAGGUGAAGCCCUACGUCCUGGACGAUCAGCUGUGCGACGAGUGUCAGGGCGCUCGCUGCGGGGGCAAAUUCGCCCCCUUUUUCUGCGCCAACGUCACCUGCCUGCAGUACUACUGCGAGUUCUGCUGGGCCAACAUCCACUCCCGGGCCGGGCGCGAGUUCCACAAGCCGCUGGUCAAAGAGGGGGCGGACCGGCCGCGGCAGAUCCACUUCCGCUGGAACUAGAGGAGAGACCACAAGAGAGAGAGAGAGAGAGAGAGAGAGAGAGACCUCCGCCUCCCCCGCUCUCCCAAGCUAUCAGUGUAAUCCAGUACGUAACACUAUACAGUAUAUGCUAUACCUCUAUACACAUCUAUGUGGAUAUAUAGAUGUGUAUACAUAGCUAUAUAUAUAUAUAUAUCUUUUUGUAGCAGCCGAACACCACAAGCCUCAGUUUCUCACCAAAACUCCCCACAUCUCAGGCUCCAACUCUUUUGUGGUUCUUGCAUCUUUUCUAAGAGGAGAUUUGAAGAAGAAGAGGAAAAAAGAGAUAUUGAUUUUUGUAGGUUUUUAAAUUAUUAUUAUUUUUGUAUGUGAGAUUUAAAGUAGAUAUGGGAAUGGGUUUCUUUUGCAUGGUGGUCGUCUGCUGCUAUAGCCGCCCCAGGUGUGUGUGUGUGUGUGUGUGGCGCACACAUGUUCGCGGGGGAAAAAAAAAAACUUUGAUUCUCUAACGUUAACCAAAGGUAGAAAAAGACAGAAAGAAAGCAUCGCAUUCACACAUUUCUCUCCGGCAAAACACACUUUUUUUUUAACCCAUUCUUCUUCUUUAGAGAGUUUUAUUAUAAACUAAAAUCUGUCUGCGCUCACGCUGACCCACAGAGGGACACCUGAAGAUGUUGUUACCGCUAACCGUAUUCAACAGUUAUACUUCACAAGCUACUUUGGAAGCUUUGCUGCUAUAUAUACAUAUAUAUAUAGAUAUAUAUAUAUAUCUAUAUAUCUAUAUGAAUAGAUGUGUAGAUAUAAUAUUCAAUGCAGAGCCCUCUUCCUCUGUGCAUGUUGUGACGAUGUGCGACGCUACACAAAUAGCACGUAGGGUAGAAUUUACACCAACUGAAAAACCAACCACUGAAAUCAUGACUGAGGACAAAAAGUAGCACCACCAUCUUUUCCAGAUGCCUGAGAGAGAGAAAAACAAAAUCCGACUAAAUGAGUAGAACAAAAACAAAAAAGAAACGUGUAUAAACUUGCAUGCGUUGAUGUUUAUCUGUCGUCCGAUCGUUUACAUACUCAACGAUGCGACGGCGGCUCCCCCUGCGGGCGGACGCCGUCGCUUCGCCUCCUGCAGCAGAGGGUGAAAGAAAAAAAAAAAAAAAACCGAGGCGGCGUGGUGUUCAGUGGUCUGUGUCUUUGUCGUCAUGUGACUGUUCUCUUAGCGUAGACUGAGGCUCUGGUUUGUUAGAAACCUUCCAGGAAGCUCUCCUCUCCUCUCGCUCGGGCUCCUUUCGGUCGUGAAGGAAACGAGGAGUUAAAAAAAACAGAAAUGUGAACCCAGGGGACAAUCUGUGUGGGGACGGAGCGUCCGGCCGUCCGCUCGGUACUGUACUGGUGUGUCCUCGUGGUUUUUUAUCGUGGUCCACGCGCCUCCUUAUCGGUGUCCAGGCGUAACGUUACUCUAGUACUCCGUUUGUGUACAAAUACUUACCCAUCACUGGCCCUUUAAUACCUUGUUUUUGUUUCCUUUUUUGUAUUAUGCACUCGUUUUCUAUAUUCCCACCCCUCCCCUUUAAGUGAUUUUAAGCGUCCACUUAUUUAUGACCCUAAAGAAGAUUUAUCAAAUUGUUUUAUUUUUUCAUGAUUACUUAUUUAAGAUGUAGCGUGAAGCAGUGGUCUUAAGUUAUCUUUGUUCUGUAUGAGUAGAGCAGUAAAAGCCAAUAUUUUCUAAUAUAUUCUAAUGUGAUGUUGAGAGGACGGGGAGGGGGGGACUGAGGUGAAAGUUAAAGAGUAACUAAACCCCCAAACCACGACUAGCAAAGUAUUUAAACUAUUUGUAUGUGUGUAUACAUAUAUAAAAUACAUACGUAUAUAUAUGUUUGCGUUUGGCUCGUUGUUUCCCUUUCAAUUGGCUUGUUAUCGUUAACGAUGAAACAGGUGUAUCGUCAGCACGAGGCCCCGCCCUCAAUGGCGCAUAACUUAACUUACUUACUUACCGCCCCCGCGGUUAAAGCGGGCGAGUCAUGUAUGAAUCUGCACCGUCCUCACAUGUUCUGUACCAGGCGGUAAGCACGUUUGUUUGUUUGUCUUUUUAAGAUGGAGGUCAACGGAGAUUCUCUCGCUUUUUGGAGCCUCGAGUGGCCGCGGCUUUUUCGCACUUUCACACUUUGCUUCGUUUAUCAGCAGCGGGGAUUUUCCGCUGCUAGCAUGUUGCUAGCAUGUACAUAGCUGGCGCUAAUGGUAUUCCCUAGCAUACCCAUAGCACGUGUAGUCUCCAACGCGCAACAAUAGCCAGCAUGCUAGCCAUUAACGUACGCCAAUCGAAAGAGGAAACCGCCAUCUUGAAACUGCAAUUUCAAAAAUUUUGGAUGAAUGUGGAAUGUGACAUAGACAAAAGCCGAGCAAUCCACGAGGUAGUAGCAUGAAAACCAAGGUGGAAUUAGCAAGUGAGCUAGCUAACCGGCUAGAAGGGAGGAACGGUUUGUGCUCAGAUUGUAAUUCCACACCGACUACGGACUAAAUUACUACGCUGUGGGAUUUGGUUACUCUUUAAAUAGCGACCCCCCCCCCCCCGCGCCGCCACGUGUGGCUUUAGUUCUCGUAAACAUGUUUGAAUAUCAUCACCUGUAACACUUGACUCGUGCUGUUUUUGUGAGGUUGUAUUUUCUAUGUUUUAACACUGUUACUUUGUCCUGUAUGCGUCCUUGUUUUUGUAAAAAAAAAAUCAUAUUUAUUUCACUAUUUUUGUAGACAAAAAAAAAAACCUAUUUGAUUUUGAUUGUAUUUUUCUAUUUAAAUAGGAUUAAUUAUUCAAUUAAUUCCCCCACUUUGAUAAUUAUGUCCAGAAGUUCUGUUCAGAGACAAAGAAUCAUGUCAUCAGCUACAACAACAUCCACGUUUUUGAUAAGACAGUUGACUUGUUUUGAUACACAUUUUCAUUUGAAGGAAGGUUUUAUCAUUUUCUUGGAAGACACUUGAGAUUCUCCCCUGUUGCAUCGAGGCCCCUGGCUGCCUGUCCUCGCGGAUGCUCUGAAACUUGAAUAAAUAACACAUUUUGAAAGGCUGACUAACCUCGAAUCUGUGUUGUGAUGUGCAAUACUGUUUCUAAUGUUUGUAUAAAAAGUAAGAACUACAGUGUAAACCUUUUUAAUGCAGAUUUAUUUUUUUCAUUGCAUAUUUUGCAGAUUUCUGAUCCACAGUGUCAUUUUUUACUGUCAGAAAAAAUAAAAACCCCGUUUUUUCAUUGCAACUAUUUUUAAAUCCAGAUAUCUUUGUACUGAUGUAAAUGAUUGUAGUUAUUUUGGAUAGUGUUUUGCUAACAAAAGGAAAUACUUUUUCAUGCAUAUUUCUAUUUUCAUUUCAUCUUGUUUUUUCCCAUGUUUUAUUUUGUUUAAUAGUAGCAGAGUCCUUGGAAUCAUUUUUUCAUCGGUAUACUUUUGUAUUUUUAUGUGGAAAUCACUAUAUAUAAUAUUAUGAUGCUAAUUGCUAAGAUAUUAUUUAGAGUUUUAAUUAUUUUUAAAGCAUACUAUUUGUAAUUUUAUUGUCAAAGCUACUAAUUUCUAAAUCUAAAGGUUUGUGUAGAUUCACAAAAGUGGUUUAUGAUGUGUUUGGAUUGUAAUUAUUACUGAAUGGUUCUUUGAUAUGCAAAAUGAAUAUCAUGUUUAUUUUUAUUUUGUUGGUUUUGUAUUUAAAUGGGGUGUUGAUUACAAUCUUGUUUUUCCUUUCACUUCCUGAAUAAAGACCCAUUCUGUUUGGACACAA